AUGAGCAUGCAGGCAGUCAGCGGCACUGCCGCGCCGCAGCAGCGCGGCCACGCGGCUCCCGUGGGGAACCUGGGGCUCCAGUGCAGCCCCGGAGCGCGCCGCCAGUCGAUGGGGCCCGCCGCGGUGCCGCCGAGCCACCACGCGGGCGGGACGCCCGAGAGGCUCGCAUUCCACUCGGGGGUACCUGAGAGGAUCACGUCCCAGCCGACUGCCACCGGCACGCCGUGGGCGCAGCCACCUGGGCCGUGGACCUCCGCCUCUGGGGCGAGCGCAGCGCCCCGCGUGCCUCGCGGGGGACUCUGUGGCUGCAUGCCAUCGACGAUGCGCUGUCCAUCGGACGCGGCGCUGCGGGACAUCAGUCAGCACGGCCGCUUCGCCAUGGUGGACGGAGAUGACGAGGUGGACGGGGAGGUGGAGGAGGGCGAGGGUUUCCCAUCGAAGAUUACUCUUUAUCCCGACACGGACAACGAGGGCGAGCCCCAGGUCAAGUUUGUGUGGGAGAUAUGGCCAGCGCCGUUACCGAAGCGCCACUACGCCCGCACCUCCACUGCGCUGCUUGGGCAGGCGUCGGCAUUGCCAGGCCCUGCCGCCUGCGCGAGGGCCAUCUCGAUGACGCGCCCCUGCGAGGCCAGGCAGCAGGUGGUUGGCCAGGCUGUGGCUGCUCCCGCGACCGCCACCAGGACACCGCCCCCGCGCAUCCACAAUGCCCCAGUGUCUAGGAAGGCCGUGGCCGGUGCGGCGACGGCCACCAGUGUCGCGGUAUUCAAGACCCCUGUGACGGUGCCCACGGCCCAGGAGACCCAUGCCCAAGCUGCCCACGAGUGCAAGGCAAGCCAUACGCGUCGUCGCGCUUACCAGCCCGACAUCACCACCUUGGUCGUGCGCAAUCUGCACACCUUCACCUCUCAGCAGGAGUUUCUCGACGAGGUCAACCGCAGUGGUUUCGCAGAGAAGUACGACUUUGCGUGGCUUCCGAGGAACUUCAAUGACGGCUCCGGGAAAGGUCUCGCGUUCAUCAAUUUUAGGACUGCGUCAGCGGCACGCGCCUUUGCAGGCGCGUGGCACCGCUCCAGGCGCCUUGGCAACCAGGACGAGACUGGCAAGGUCCUUCCUCUGAACGUGUCCAGCGCUUCUUUGCAGGGCUUCGAGGCAAACCUGCGCAAGUGGAGCAGCGCACGGAUCACCCGCGUCAGAAAUCAAGAUUUCUUGCCUUUCGUCCGUAUGGGCGCAGAGCCAGAGCCGCAAGCACCUCAGCCAGAAGUUCCGGAGCUUGCCGACAUCGGCGAGACGAAACCCCGCUAA